AUGGCCAACCAUUCAUCAUCAUCAUCGACUGCUGGUCCGAGCUGGCAGCAGAAUCCCAGUUCAGCCGCCUUCGCAUCGACGAGCUACACACACAACAACGACCAUCGCAACUUCGUUCGCUCCUCGCCGCCUCGCAAAGACGAUCCUGCCUAUGCUACCCACACACCCCUACGCUCACACAACGACCCACACGCUUCGCAGCCCUUCCAGAGAAUCUACCUUGGACCUUCACCCGUGCCCAGUAGCCAGGCGGCAGAGGUCGCCCGGGCUAUCAAGGAGGACGCAGAGGUCAAGGAGCCAAUCGGAUUCGCCAUUGCUGGUAGGAAGGGCUUCGUCUGGGUCAAGCCUCCGCCAGAAGACAGUGAGAGCGAGGUUGAAGUACCCAGGGGCAAAGCUCGACCACCGCCUCUUGAUGCUGCUGCGCUUGGGGGUGUAAAAGUCCCUCGCAAGGCCAGAUCCUUCUCGUCAGCAUUCGGGGCGGGGGCGUCUCUCAGCCCACUGCCCAAGAUCAAGGGUCUCAGGCGACAUGCAUCACAGGCGAGCACCACGUCCUUUGCUUCGGCUCAGUCUUCCUUUCCUGCAUUUGCUCCGACUCCCACAGCGAUGGAUCCAAUUCUCAUGAAUGGGAUACGCAGGACGGGUUCAGAGGGUGGGAAGACUGUUCCACUUCGGAGGGACUUGUCCGCCAUGGGCCGGCUGGAAGGUAGGAGAGAGGCUCUAGGUGAUCAAACCUCACCGCGUUCUAAACCACGCCAGCUCUCUUUCAACGUUCGAGAUUAUGCUGAGGACAUGAGGAGGGGUGGAUCAGAAGGGGGCUCGACGGGAGUUAGAGGAGGGUACCCGCCUGCCCUCAGUAUCAACACCUACGACACCUCAAAGACUCUGUCGGGGUCCUAUGACACGGCUCAACAGCGAUCUGCUACUUCUGGCGAACUCACUAGCGCGGGGACAGCUGUAUCAGGUCACGACGCUAUUGAUUGGUCAACCGACGAGGAUGAAGAAGGCGGGGCAGCGCCUUCCAGAACGGGUGCUGACUCUACGCCUGCCAGGAAUAGGGGUCGGCAGCAGACCCAGAGAUCACCAGGUACGAACCAGCCCACCAAGGGGUCAGUCUUCGGGUCUCCCGAAACGAAGCAGUCGCGCACGCCUCGCCCGGCACCCAGUACCCACUUUGACACUGCCGAGCUGGAGCGUACUCGGCAGGCUUCAAACCUCGCUUCGGGUCCCAGCACUCGGGUUCACUCGCGAGCUCAGACUCGUAGUAGACAAAGACAUGGUCGAGACGUCUCUCGUCAAUCUCGUCUUAGCAUGUUCUCUUCCAAUACCCUCGACUCCGUCGGUACCCGGCUCACCGAGGGUGCCUUCGGCGCCUCGGGCGGAUUUCGAGCUAGAAUCAUGAGGGCCUUCAAGCCUGCUCUUCACAAGCAUGAGACCCCUUCCUCGCGACAUCGCCAUCACCACGCGAGCGCAGAUGGCGAAAGUCACACUCGUCACUGGAAAGCGGGCGUUGCGCCUGGCAAGGUGGGGACCAGCGCGGGGGGCACCAAGUGGGUUGGGCAAAGCUACCACAUUGGAGCUAGAUUCUGGGAAGUUCUAGAAUCCGCCAGGGGCGAGAAUGAGAGGCGCGCCAGCGUCGCUGCCGAUGCGAGUCGAGACGAGGUGAUCCCUGAGGAGCCGGAGCCGCCGCCGGAACGGUCAAGCAGGCGAGAUAAGCAGAAGAGCUCCUCGGGCAGUACUUCUGGCAAGCAAAUGUCUCUCAGUCCUGCUGCCGUGCUCACGGCAUUUGCUCGGGACGCCGAGGGGGCACAAGAAGAGAGACGAGAGACGGACAGAGUGGGUAGGUCCUCGCGUCCCGUCCUCCCAGUUCAGACAUCUCUCCUACCGAAUGGCGAAGGACAAAUUGUCGCGUCGCCUGUAGAGGCUCGCUCGCCGAUUAAUGGCAAUGCCAAGUUGCCUACAAACAGGCCUCGUCUAGGCAGCAAGCCCUCAAUAGCCUCCAUGGCUCCCGAGGCACUCGAGGGUACCGAUGCGCAGAUCGAAGCCAGGACCGGGUGGGCGGACAUUGUCUCGCUUAUGUCGACGGCGCAACGUCGCUCGGGACCACCUUCGCAGCCACAUUCAAAAGCUGCUACUGUAGCUGCUGCUUCCGGUCAGCAGAAUGGUACAACCCACCCCGGCCAAGAAGGAGAUAAUGCAGGCAAGCUAAAAGAUCCCGAUACCUCAAAAGGAUCGCCUGUCUCGAGCUGGCGGGCCCCACCGAUGUUCAGAUCAGACACGUCAAAGUCAUCGCAGAGCGGCAGAUCCAUCUUCUACACACCCCUGGCCACUCCGGGUGCGGCCUCGGCGAGGAAUCCGAGUCCAGAAAGAAGAAGGGAAGCGAAAGGGAGGGAUUAUUUUGCGAGUCAGAAAGCAUUGCUGGACAAGCAGGCCGCAGAGGCGCGUCAGACGGAGGAGAGGGAAGCGGAGAAGCGACGAACAGGGGAGGAGGAGCAAGUUGAGCAGACUACGGGAGACGAUGGAGCGGAAGAACCACCGCUUCGACGCCUCACUCUCAGCGAGGUGCUCACACACCCUGAGCCUCCUCUAGCUGCCGAUGAGAAGUUUCCAGAGGCUGUACACGAGCUCCUGCGCAGGGCCUCUAAUGGGGGACUGUCUCCGCACAAUGUCACCUCAGAUGCUGCCAGUGACCACAUGGUCGCUGCAAGACCGACGACUCCUCUGGCCAAAGUCACUGAGCUGCCUCACAUCGCCAGCCCAGGCAAGCUCUCUAAUUUGAGCUCUCCACCUUCUGCCUCGCCUCGCUACCUCGGAGAAGGCGGAACGGUCGAUCGGAUGAACUCUCUGACCACUAGUGAGACGCCACUCCUCAAAAACAAGGCGUCGAACAACAGCGUCGUCAUCCAUGACAUACCUGAGCAGCGGAACGGUGUCGCUCGUAACGGGUCUGAGAAGAAGAAGACGCCCGCUCGCAAGAAGACGGUCAAGUUUGACAAGGGAGACGGCAUCAAUAGACCUUUGAUGAUUGGACGCAGUCUCUCGGCGUCUUUGCUGCCCUCUGCUUCGGCUGGGAAGAAAAACGGUGGCCUGACACCACCGGCCGGAACACUGAGUCCGUCUGGUGACGGAUUGCCCGUGCCGGCUGAGGUCGUCUUGUCUCGUUCUCACUCCACUUCUCGCACCUCUCCUGCGUCGGAGAUGGGCGAAGACGCUUCUGUUGCGUCAGAGGAGGAGUUCAUCACUCGUCGCUCUAUCCUGCGGCGAGAUCGAAUGCUCGUCAGGAACGAUUGGACGCCCUCCGAGACGGUUCCACAAGACGUAGACGAAAUGUCAAUUCGCGGCCUCGUUGUCCACCCUGGCAUCUGGCGACAGUAUGUAGUCGUCCUUCGUCCCAGGCGUCUCGAGCUAUGGUCCGACCCCACCACGGCCAGUAAGCUGCUGGGUCAUAAGACUCGACUGCACCUCGCCUUUGUCGUUCCUCUCAUCAAGGGGUCAACGCACCUCUCGGUGUUUUCGCAAUCAGACCGCCUCUUCUGCCUUACCUAUGCGCAGAGCAUCGCCGCCACGCACGUUUCGGGUGGCGGGCAGUACAAGGUAUUAAAUCUGCGGAAGUCUGGUACGAACAUCCUCCUCUUUGAUGCUCGAUCUUUGUCGGUCAGUGCUGACUGGAUCUGGGACAUCUGGAGAGAGGUGGGAGGUACGAUCCCGGAGGCCCUCGAGGUCCAUUUGCCCAUGCUUGACUUCAAGAUCAAGUUCCCCAUUCCUGACGAGAUGCCUUGCGUCGAUCCUGACCAAGAUGAUGAAGUUCUCCUCAAUGGCAGUAAAGCUCUCGCUUUGCGUCCGCCCAUCGAGGGAGAUCAGGCACGAGCGCGCCGACUCAACGGCGGCGGUGAAGGCUUCAUGAUGAUGAGUCGACAUCGCAUCAUCUCUCAAAUCCUCAAUAUCAUGCACCAACAGCAUGAAUGGGAGCAGCCACUUCGCACGGCGCUCGAGCGGGGUCUGAAGUUCGAAUUGGCCUGGCGAAGAGGAUCCAGUCUGGACUGGAUAAUCAAUGACGAGACGCUAGAUGGCAAUGCUCGCUUCUGGUCGGUGAUCUGUGGUUCGAUCCUCAAAGAAGCCAGGAAGCCUGCCAUCCUCGAGUUCAGGGCUGCAGAUCACUAUCCGUCUGCCGUUCUUCUGCCGAAUGGCGAGAAGCUCGUUGAGCCCCCGAGUAUCGAGGGCUAUGUCUGGCGAGUCAAGCCAGUCUCGGGCACGCUGACGAGGAUGUACCUCACGACGCAUUCAUCGCACUGCUUUGUCAGUCGACCGAGUCGAGCGUACGGCCCCGAGCGACAUCUUGCCUUCGGCAACGACGCUGCGAAUUUAGGAGAGGACGAUACGCUGCCCGUGCCUCCAUCCCGAGUCAGCACGGCUAUGGACAGUCUAUCCAGGAGCGCGAGUCAGCAGGGACGACGGGCCAACACGAGAAGCGAGUCGAUGACUGUCCCGAAGCACAAGAUCCUCGAAGACAUCGACACGAUUGCUGACACUCCAGAGGCGCUGCAAGACCAAGUCGAUGCCUUCAGAGCCUUUGAGAAGCGACGCCAGCUGAACCAAAUUUCGCAGUCUGAUGGCUACAUUGACCUCAAGGACAUCAUGCUUAUCCGAUAUCUGGGACGCAACGAAGACGAAGUCGAAGUCAAGAAGCCAGACAUUGAGAAGCCGAUCAAGAUGCCCAUGCCGACGGCGAUACCCGAGGAGCACGUACCGAAUGAAGAAGGUGAAGAUCUGGAGGAGAUAGACAUCGGAGGUGAGGAGGGUCUGAAUCGAGCCGCUGACCGCAACGCUCAGCGCCGAGGACGCCAAUUCGAAGUGGUCAUGUCCAACGGUCGGAUGACCCGCUUCGAAGCCUACUCCAAGUCAGUCGCCAAGGAAUGGGUGGCUCGCGUCCACGAUCUGUCCGUCUACUGGAAGCGAAGAGAGAAGGUAGACGCCCUCGAGCUGAUGGAGGCGAGCGGGUACGAUCGCAACUUGAUUCGGAAGAGGAUGAACGAAGGUCACUCCCUCGACCGCAUCAUGCACUCCAUCACCGACGGCAACAUCAACACUGGCCUUCUCGGCACCAUUUGGAAUUGGUGUGCGGUCCUUGGCUGUCGGGGCAUCAUCCGUUGUGGUCAGCUCUUCACCAAGCCCCGCGCAUUCGCCCCCUACCAAUCGCGGUAUUACAUCCUCAUCGCCGGAAGACUGCUGCGCUACAAGCUCCUGGUCUCAACGCGCACGGCGCGAUCGAGACAGAAUGCGGGCAUCUUUCACAAGCGCACCGAUACGGUCAUCCAUCUGCGGGAUGCCUACCUCUGGAGUGGUCGACUGGCCGAUGAUAUGCUUGCUCACACGCGCAGUGAAGGCGCUGGCUCGAUGGGCAACUUUGCCUCUGGCGGCGCUGCGAACACUGGAGGUGAGCAGGGCAGGCACAAGUUGCCGAGGAUCUACGCAGACGGUCUGCUGAGCACGGACGAGGACGAGGACUGCACAUUUGUCAUCCGCUACAGGCCGCAGCGGGUGAAUGCCCCUCCUGCCCACGAGGGACAAAAUGUCGACAAGAGCACAUCGGCUGGCAUGAGGGGUAAGGCGCCCGCCGGCACGAGUGCAGGCCCUGCAGCUGCUCAUGGCGUCUUGCACUCGGCGGCCACGCGGGAUGCAAGACGGGUGAGCACAAUGUCCGAGCAAUCCACCGUGGACAGUACCUCUGGAGUCGGUGGUAGUGGACCCUUCUCGCGGCAAAAUGCAGUGCCGAGGCUCGAUGAUGGGACGCACAACGACAUUGUACUGCGUGCACGGAGCAAGCUGGAGAGGGACUUGUGGGUACGAUGCAUCGGGUACGAGAUCGAGCGGUUGGCCAGAGAGGAUGUGCCGAGGGAGACGAGGAUCAAGGAGGCUGGUGAGACGCCUUACAGGGGUACUUGA